UGUUCAUCUUCAUCCUCAAUAAAACAUGAAAAAAGCCAUGUUUUCACCCCUUGGUUCAUUCUUUCUCCUCCUCUCCUGCCUUUCCUUGGCCUCUACAGCCUCCACCAGCUCCACCGCCAACGCUACCACCAUCGCCAAACCCGGCUGCCAAAGCCAAUGUGGAAACCUAACAGUUCCAUACCCAUUUGGCAUUGGCAUCGGAUCAGGCUGUUCCAUAGACCCAGUUUUCGACAUCAACUGCAACACUUCUUUCAACCCUCCAAAACCCUUCUUAGAAACCGGCAACCUCGAGGUAAUAAGCUUAUCAGACACCCAAAUCCGCAUCAAGAACUGGGUUGCCUCUCGCUGCUACAACCAAACGGGUGGCAUAACGAGCGAAAACAUCGUGUGGAUUGAUCUCCCAGCAUAUUACCUCACUUUCUCCGACACUGCUAACAAGUUCACCGUCAUAGGUUGCGAUGACUUCGCCCUCAUAUCUGGCUCAGAAGGUCGAAACUUCACUAGUGGUUGUGUUUCACUUUGCUCCAAAAGCGAGGACGUGCUUAGUGGGUAUUGCUCGGGAAUCGGAUGUUGUCAAACCUCUAUACCCAAAGGCCUUAAAAAGUUCUUAACUUCGCUUAGUACUUUGAAAAACCACACAACUGUUUGGCCUUUUGAUCCUUGCAGCUAUGCUUUUUUGGGUGAGCAGGAUGUAUUUAAUUUUCGAGGUGCAUCGGAUCUUUCUGAUCUGAGUUUCAUGAACAGGACGAGAGAUUAUGUUCCGGUGGUGAUUGACUGGGUGGUUGGUAAAAACCAGAACUGCAGCCAAGCCAUGAACUCGAAUGCCAUGGUGUGCCAGCAGAACAGUACCUGCGUUGACUUGGAUAGCAGUCUUGGAGGGUACCGAUGCAGCUGCAACCAAGGUUAUCAGGGCAAUCCUUAUCUCAGUCCCGGCUGCCAAGAUAUUAAUGAGUGUGCCAAUUCUAACAUGAAUGACUGUGACACAAAUGCAAUUUGCAUCGACACUCCGGGGAGUUAUAAUUGUACUUGCCCUCAUGGAUACUUUGGUGAUGGCAGAAAAGAUGGGCACGGUUGCAUUGCCGUUAACUCACAAUUCCCGGUGGUGAAGUUCUCCCUAGGUUUGAGCUUUGGCUUCUUGUCCAUAGUAAUUGCCAUAACUUGGUUAUAUUUUAGCAUCAAGAAAAGGAAGCGUUUCAAACUCAGGGAGAAAUUCUUUGAACAGAAUGGUGGAAUGUUGAUGAAACAACAAAUUUCAUCAAACCAGGGAGGCGUGGAGUCGUCAAAAAUAUUUACAGCAGAUGAGCUAGAAAAGGCCACCAACAACUACGCUGAGGAUCGAAUCCUAGGCCGAGGUGGUUAUGGAGUUGUUUACAAAGGGAUUAUGCACGAUCAACGCAUAGUUGCAAUUAAGAAAUCUAGAAUAAUGGAUGAGAGCCAAAUAGAGCAAUUCAUCAAUGAGGUUGUCAUUCUCACACAAGUCAACCAUAGAAAUGUGGUGAAGCUCAUGGGUUGUUGUUUGGAAACUGAAGUUCCCUUAUUGGUUUAUGAAUAUGUUUCGAAUGGCACUCUUUUCCACCACAUCCACAAAAAUGGAGGAAUACCAUGGUUUUCUUGGCAGAAUCGCUUAAGAAUCGCAUCUGAGGCCGCCGGUGCACUUUCUUAUCUUCAUUCUGCUGCUUCAAUGCCCAUCAUACACCGAGAUGUCAAGUCAGCCAACAUACUCUUAGACGAUAACUACACUGCAAAAAUAUCAGAUUUUGGAGCUUCAAGACUAGUUCCCUUGGAUCAAACUCAAGUAACCACCCUAGUCCAAGGGACAUUAGGUUAUUUAGAUCCCGAGUACUUCCACACGAGCCAAUUAACAGAAAAGAGCGAUGUUUACAGCUUCGGGAUAGUUCUUGCUGAACUUUUAACCAGGAAGAAACCAAUUUGCAUGGAGAGAACUCAAGAAGAAAGAAAUCUAGCUACGUAUUUCAUCAUGUCGAUCAAAGAAAACCGCUUGUUUCAAAUUCUUGAUCCAAGAGUGAUCAGGGAAGGGACAUUGGAGCAACUUCAAGCUGUUGCUGAGCUUGUGAAGAGGUGUUUAAACAUGAAUGGUGAAGAUAGGCCUACAAUGAAGGAAGUGGCAAUGGAAUUGGAAGGGUUAAGGAAGUUUGCAAGACAUCCAUGGGUUAAUCAAGAAAUCCAAGAAGAGACAGAGGGGUUAAUGAGUGAACCAUCAGACCUUUACACUGUACAAAUGAACUCAUAUAAUACAAGUACUACUCAUGGUGAAAUCUCUGGACAGUACAGUUUGGACAGUGGUAUGAUAUUCCCAAUCAACAGCCCUCGUUAACUUUCGAUCAUUUCCUUUUGAUUUGUAGUAUAAUAAGGUGAAGUAAGCUCAUGUAUGCUUAUACUUUUCCUAGGUUUAUUUGUAUGUGUUUUGCCAUUUGUUUGAUGCCACUUUGUAUAUUUUAACAUGGUUUGCAUUUUCUUUUCAUAA